UCGUCAUGCAGACUUCCGCCACCUUGCAACCUGCUGCUCGCCGGCCCUGGCGACUCGGUGGGCAAGCCCAAUCUCUCCAGCCAUGUCCGAAGACCGCUUGACCGUGCUCAUCGCCUCGUACAACACCAACCUCCAGGCUGAGCGCGGGCUGCCGCAGGAUCUAGUAGACUGGCUCUCGCCCACUCUCGAUACCUCGUCGCUUCGCAUCGAGGAGGUAGAACACCCAAGCCGUGCACCGGAUAUCGUUGCUGUAGGCUUCCAGGAACUUCUACCCCUCCACUACGGAUUCGCGGGCCUGUCCAAGUCCGUCAUCGAGAACAGAAACGCGCUCAUCCUCUCACAGAUCGAGGCGCACGCGCCGAACAAGGAGAAGUACGCCCUCAUCGCGACCGUCGUGAACGUCGGCGUCGCACUGCUCGUCUACGGGCGCGACGACGGCGUCGCACGGCGCGUGUGCGACGUGCAGACGCAGUGGACCGGAUGUGGGCCCGCGUACCUCGGGAACAAGGGCGCGGUGGGCGUGCGGUUCCGCGUGGCGGGGAAGGACGGCGGCGUGGGCGAGGUGUACACGUUCGUGUGCGCGCACCUGACGGCGCAUGGGUACAACCUGCCGAAGCGCAUACAUGACUACCACUAUAUCGUUAACACCCUCCUCUUCCCGCCUCUGCCCUCGUCCGACUCCGAGGCUCCCUCGACGAUCUACGACACCUCGCAUCUGUUCUUCUUCGGCGACCUCAACUUCCGCCUUGCCAUCCCGCCGUCACACCCACUAGCGGUGUUGUCCCACGAGGAGCUCACGCGGAAGCUAGUUACUGAAGCAGACCGGGAGGCCCUGAAGGAUUGCGACGAGCUCCACAUAGAGCGUGACGAACGCGGCAGCUGUUUCGUCGGCCUCCGGGAGGGUGAGUUCUGGAAGUUCAAGUGCAGCUACAAGUACAGGCUCGGGGAGGUAGACACCUUCGACCGCAAGCGAACACCAGCGUGGACAGACAGAAUCAUGUAUACUGCAUAUACCGACUCCCCCGACCGUCCACGGGAGUCCACGAUCCAAAACAUGCUCUACACGACUAUACCCUCAUAUACCACCUCCGACCACAAACCCAUCGUCUCCCUCCUGCUCCUCCCACCCUCCACCUCUACACCAGAAACCACACAACCACCCACCCUCCGCCUGCCACCCCACUUCAAGCCCAGCCCCGACCCCUACGCAACGCUCAAGCGAUAUACAGGCCGCAUCCUCGGACUCAUCCUCGGCUAUCUCUGGUGCCUGCUCACCCUCGUCGGCGCGGGCUCUACCGUGUUCGGCCUCGGGAACUUCAUCCUGGGCCUCGGUGCAUGGGGCUGGUGGCGGACCAGAGGGCCUGUGUUGCCCUGACUAGUGAGGUGGUGUCGACACUACUGAUGGACUGUUGUUGGAUGUCGGACGGAAGGGAAGUUAUGUAUGUCUAAUAUAUUCGCUGUAUCCGUCAAGUUGUAGCGCGAAUCGUGUACUUAGAACGUACUGUUACGAUGGUACAUACACUAU